AUGUCCAACAGAUUCGUUCAUGUUAAUUUCAACUUCCGAACUCUGUUCAUUCUCAGACAACAAACACCAUGCAUAUCAUCCACAUCACCAUUCUCCACUCACCCACGAACCAUCGAUCCUGGUCAACAGAUGAAGAUACUCAAUGACAAAAACCAGUUCAAACAAACGAUUGAGUUGUUCGAGAGAGAAAAGAAGAAGAACAAGGAUCAACUGUCCAGUUUCAUCAUUGAUCAGGCGUUGAAAGCAUGUGUACAAGUGCGUGACUUUCGACGUGGACAAGAUAUUCAUCAGUUGGUUCAACAUCGAUUAUCAGCUGAUUCUUCGUUAGUGAGAUCUCUUAUCCACUUCUACAUGCAAUGUCAUGAUAUGAACACAGCUGAAUCUCUAUUCCACAUUUCGACAAACAAAACGGUGUAUAUUUGUAGUGUGAUGAUGAAGGGAUACAUUGAAAAUGGGAAGCCCGAGAAAGCGAUUGAGAUUUUCAAAGGGGUAGACAAACCUGAUGCAGUUUUGAUCACACUUUUAUUCAAAGCUUGUGCUCAAGUACCAUCCGAGGAAUCGUUGAACUUCGUGAAAAACAUCUGGAAAAAGUACCAAAACACAUCUGUUCUUGAUAAUCAUGCGCUAACUGCUUUCAUCGACGCUCUCAUGAGGUGCGGCGAUGUGAAACACGCAGAGACACUUUUUGAUCAAUCAAAAUACAAAACGUUACCUAUGUAUGGAGCAAUGAUGAAAGGAUACAUAUAUAAUGAGCUACCGCGGAAAGCGAUUGAUCUUUUCCAACUAGUGAAAAAUCCGAAUGAAAUUCUUAUCCUGCUACUGUUCAAUGGGUGUGCUCAACUACCCUCGGAACAAUCGUUGAAUUUAGUCCAGAAAAUCUGGGAACAAUCGAAAGUCAAAUCUCUUCGCAGCGACAACUUAUUGACCUCUGUGAUCGAUGCUCUCAUGAAAUGUGGUGAUAUCAAGAGUGCGGGAGUCGUUUUCGCUGAAUCACCAAGCAAAUCGAUAUCGAUGUAUGGAGCGAUGAUGAAUGGUAUGCUUCUCCAUCAGUUUAUCCAUACGAUUUUGCUGAAUGCUGUCGCCUCUGUAGGAUACAUAAAAAAUGAUAUGUCGAAGAAAGCGAUUGAUCUUUUCAAACAAAUCAAAGACCCCAAUGAAUUUAUCAUCACGCUACUCUUCAAUGCUUGUGCGCAACUGCCAUCGGAACAGUCGUUGAGCUUGGUCAAAGCCGUGUGGAAGAAGUAUCAAAACGCGUCUCUUCUCAAUAAUCAUACGUUUACGGCUUUAAUCGAUGCUUUCAUGAAGUGUAACGAUAUUAAGGGAGCAGAGGCGAUCUUCCACAAGUUACCACACAAGGUUCUACCCAUGUAUGGAGCUAUGAUGAAAGGAUAUCUUCUUAACAAAACACCCAGCAAUGCUCUUGAUCUUUAUCAUCAAAUCAAAAACAUGAAGGAAACGCAGUCGAAUCUCGUCAUUUAUUUACUUGCGAUCAAUGCAUCGGCACAGAUUGCCAUGGCAUCCGAAUGUCAGGCCAUUGUGGAUGACAUUCCACAGCAUCUGCUUCUUAAUAUUCAGAUUUGCAACUCCUUAAUUGAUAUGUGGGGUAAAGCUGGUUGUGUGCAAAAAGCUGAACAAGUUUUCACCAAUCUUUCAUCCAUAGAUCGAGUUGGCUAUGCAUCAAUGAUUCAUGCUUAUGGCAUCAAUGGAAUGGGUGUGAAAGCAGUCGAACUUUUCCAUCAGGUUCCACGAUCGCUGCUCGCCGAUUUCACUUAUGUUUGUGUUCUCAAUGCAUGUUCGCAUGCUGGACUCAUCGAUCAAGCUCGUUCGAUCUUCUCCAGCAUCGAAGCGAAAACUGAAAAGCAUUAUGCUGCAAUGAUGGAUUGUCUGAGUCGAGGAUCAUUGUUCGAUGAAGCACAACAACUGAUCGAUCAAUAUGAACUACAUCAUCCACCUUCACCUGUCAUGUACAUGGCAUUACUGUCAGCUGCAAGAAAUCGGAGAAACAAACAGUUAGUCGAAAACAUUCACCAACGGAUGAACAAGCUCUUUCCUCGCUCACCCGAUUUGAUCACAUCAGCCACAGUGUUACUUGCGAAUCUGUAUGGAUCGACCGGCGAUAUGAACAAAGCGUCGAGUAUUCGAUCCGAACUAAGUAGAUCUGGUGCCAAGAAAAAGCCUGGUCUCAGCUGGACUGUAGUCAAUGGUGAACUAUAUCAAUUUCUUGCUCACGAUCGAUCUCAUCCACGAAGUGCCGAGAUCUAUGUGGAACUGGAGAAGAUCUCACGAGAACUGAUCGAACAUGGCCAUGAGUAUGACUCGUCAUGGAUCACGCGACCACUUGCAGAAGAUGAAACGAUCGAAUCCGUUCUUUGUGGACAUAGCGAAAAGCUUGCAAUCGCUUGGAACUUCGUGGCUAAUGCCGACACAACAUUCAUUCAAAUAACGAAGAACUUGCGUGUGUGUGGUGACUGUCAUCAGGCCACGAAACUGAUCGCUGCCAUCCGACGAUGUCACAUAGUGGUUCGUGAUGCGAACCGAAUUCAUCAUUUCGAUCCAGAUGGUCAAUGUUCAUGUAAUGAUUAUUUCUGA